AGAGAAGAGAAGAGGGAUUGGAAAUUGCUUCACACUCAUAUGCAUUGCCCGAGCUGUGCAAGGUGUGCUGCUGUGUGAACGAGUCUGGGGCAUCCUAAGAUUGCAGAGUGCCAAAAAAGAUUAAAAAGGGUAGAAAGUGUGCGUGCUUUGGAAGCCGUUGACCAGAACUCGUCACUUUAUUCUGUAUAAUUCAUAUCGAAUGGGAAAACCCAUAAGAGUGAAAAUGCAUUAAGAUGACAAUAUAUUAUGAGCUUAGUGGCAGUGACACAGCCUUGUAGCCCGAGCAACGGAAUGCAGUAAGACCAGUUCGGAGUUUCAGACACUUUGGGCUGCUUUCUGUAGGGGGAAAAUCACGUGGGCAUUACUGCAAUCAAGAUUUUGUCGGACUGAUACGUUUCCAUCCAUCGCAGUGUUUACUGAAAUAGACGGCAGCAAAAACCGUGUGGACCUUUAGAAGGAUUUGUGGAAUAGCUUUCACCGAUGGUAUAGAGGAUUCUUUGGGGUUUUUUGCUCCUCUGCGGAUGGCGUUUUCUUAAAAGCUGGAUUUUUUUUUUUUAAACGUGGGAGUUUGUGGGCUGAAGUGGCUGCCUUAGAGAACCGAGAGAGAGCGCCGCUCCUAGCCCGGCACAAGCGCACGGAGCCGGCUUAGAGGAGUUCUCGCCCGCUAAGGUGCUCCGGUUUCUUCCCACAGUCCAAAGGUGGAAGGAAAAGGCUGAAGUCUUGUUUGUGGCGAUGGAUCUGUCUCUUGGACCUCUUCUCUUGUGGACCAUGUUACUGGUCUUCUGCAACAGGACUCUGGGGAGUAUCAUCUACAAAGUACCUGAAGAGCAGCCACCCAACACACUGAUUGGAAGCUUAGCAUCUGACCAAGGCCUGCCAGACUCUGGCCAUCUUUACAAGCUAGAAGUUGGAGCCCCUUACCUUCGUGUAGAUGGCAAAACUGGAGAUAUAUACACCACUGAGAUACCCAUUGACCGAGAGACCCUGAAAGACUGUCAGAACCUUUUUGAAGGAGAGCCCUGCAUUUUGGAAUUUGAGGUGUCCAUUACAGACCUCAUUCUGAAUCAGGGGCCUCGUCUAAUAGAAGGUAAAAUUGAGGUGCAAGACAUAAAUGACAACACACCACAAUUUUCCUCCCCCAUCCUGACUCUGUCAAUCCCAGAGAACACUCACAUUGGGGCACUUUUUUCAAUUCCUGUGGCAAAUGACAGGGACUCAGGACGCAACGGAGUUGCUAACUAUGAGCUGACCGUGAGCCCCGAUGCACAGAAUCUUUUUGGGUUACAGGUGGCAGAGGAUCAAGGUGAGAAGCUGCCGCAGCUAAUUGUGAUGGGGAACCUGGACAGGGAGCAGAAGGACUCGUACGACCUUACCAUCAAGGUGGUGGAUGGUGGAAACCCACCUCGUUACAGCAGUGCCUUGCUGAGGGUCACCAUCAAUGAUGCCAAUGACAAUUUCCCAAAAUUUGAAAAGGGGAGUUAUGAGGCCCAGCUGCCCGAGAACAGCCCUGUGGGACAUUCUGUUCUUCAGGUGAAAGCAACUGAUUCCGAUAUGGGGCCCAAUGGAGAGAUUGAGUACACUUUCCAUCAAGCCAAUGAGGUUGUUCAGAGGUUGUUGCGGAUUGAUCGAUCUAGUGGUGUGAUAUAUGUGAAGGGGCUUGUGGACAGGGAAGAAGUAAGUGUGCUUAAAUUCUAUGUGAUUGCCAGGGACAAAGGACCCACACCGAAGAGUUCAAAAGUCUUUGUUUCCAUCAAUGUAAAGGAUCAGAAUGAUAAUGCUCCCUCCAUUGAGAUCCGUGGAAUUGGUCUGGUAACUCACCAAGAUGGGGUAGCCAAUAUUUCUGAAGACAUGCCCAUUGGAACCCCAGUAGCCGUGGUCCAGGUCUCAGACCGUGAUGAAGGAGAGAAUGCAGUAGUCACUUGUGUGGUUGCUGGUGAUGCCCCUUUCCAGUUGAAGCCAGCUAGUGAAUCUGGAAGUGACAAGAAGAAGAAGUUUUUUCUUCAGACUGCAACCUUAUUAGAUUACGAGCGUGUCAAAGAUUACCGAAUUGAGAUUGUAGCUGUAGAUUCUGGAAACCCAGCUCUGUCCAGCACAAACUCCUUGAAAGUCCAGGUUACAGAUGUGAAUGAUAACUCCCCCAUCUUUUCUCCAAGUGUGUUUGAAGUGGAUUUUGCUGAAGAAAAUCAGCCUGGUGACAAGGUUGUGGAUGUUGUGGCAACAGAUGCAGAUAGUGGCACUAAUGCAGAACUAACUUACAGCAUUGUCCUGGACUCCUCAACCAAAGGUCUUUUUGAAAUAGACUCAAAAAGUGGAGAAGUGCGGGUGAGAAAUCAGCUUGACCGUGAACAUAGGGACCGCUAUGAAUUUCAUGUUUCUGCUUCUGACAAAGGUGUUCCCAGUCUUCGAGGGACAGCCACGGUAAUAGUCAAAGUGCUGGACCGCAAUGAUAAUGACCCUAAAUUCAUGCUGAAUGGCUAUAGCUUCUCUGUUUCGGAAAACAUGCCCCCGCUCAGUCCAGUCGGCAUGGUCACUGUCAUUGAUGCAGACAAAGGCGAGAAUGCUCGAGUGCGUCUUUCUGUGGAGCCAGAUAAUGGGAAGUUUGUCAUUCAAAAUGGCACUGGGACUAUCCUCUCCAGCAUCUCUUUUGACCGGGAGAAGGAAAGCACCUACACUUUUCGUCUAAAGGCCGUAGAUGGUGGAGAUCCACCAAGAUCCUCCUAUGUUGGUGUGACCAUUAAUGUGCUUGAUGAAAAUGACAAUGCACCUUUUGUCACCAAACCUUCAAACUCCUCCUACAAGCACCUGUCCCCUUCAACCAGCCCUGAUACAACAGUUGAGAAAGUUGAGGCUGAAGACAUCGAUACUGGCCCUAACGCAGAGCUGGUAUUUAGUAUCACAGGUGGCAAUCCCCAUGAGCUUUUUCGCAUUUCUCCUUCUGGAGGCGAGAUCACUUUAGCUAAAGAGUUCCUCCGGAAGCAUAAUGGACUUCAUAGAUUAGUUGUGAAAGUGAGUGACAAAGGGAAACCUCCAAAGCAUACAACGGCUUUGGUGCACAUCUUUGUGAAUGAGACAAUCAACAAUGUCACAUUAGUGGAGUCGCUUGUGGGGCACAGUCUAUACACUCCUUUAGAUACAGACAUUGCUGGUGAUCCUGAUUACAGACAUGCUGCCCAACGCAGCAACAUUCUAUACGGCAGCCUUGCAGGGAUUGCUGGGGUCAUCUUGGUCAUUGUGAUUGUCGUGGUCAUUCGCUACCACCUGCAAAAAGAGGCUAAGAGUGGCUACCAAGCUGGCAAGAAAGAGACCAAGGAUUUGUAUGCACCAAAACAGGGCCCGAAGAGCAGCAAAGGAAAAAAGGGGAAAAAAGGUAAAGCCCCCAAACCAGCAAAGCCUAUAGAAGAGGAUGAGGAAGCCAGUCUUCAAAAGACUUUAAAAUUCAAUCUAAUAAAUGAUGGAGUCACCGACAGCCCCAGAAUCCACUUACCCCUCAAUUACCCCCCUGGCAGCCCUGAUCUUGGCCGUCACUACCGCUCAAAUUCCCCCCUUCCUUCCAUCCAACUUCAACCGCAGUCUCCCUCUGCAUCUAAGAAGCACCAAGCUGUGCAAGACCUCCCAGCAACCAACACCUUUGUCGGGACUGGAGACAACAAUUCCACAGGCUCCGACCAGUAUUCGGAUUACAGCUACAAGGCCAAUCCUCCGAAAUACAGCAACAAACAGCUGCCUCAUCGACGAGUGACCUUCUCUACAGCCAAUCAAGCUCAGGAUCUCCAGGAUCCCUCCCAGCACAAUUAUUAUGACAGCGGGUUGGAGGAAUCAGAGACUCCAAGCAGCAAGUCCUCCUCAGGGCCUCGGAUUGGACCACUGGCUCUCCCAGAGGACCACUAUGAGAGAACCACCCCUGAUGGCAGUAUUGGCGAAAUGGAGCACCCUGAAAACGAUCUCAGAUCUCUACCUGACGUUGCUAUGACUGGAAAUUGUACUAGGGAAUGCACUGAAUUUGGACAUUCAGAUGCCUGUUGGAUGCCAGGACAGCCUUCCCCAAACCGCAAGGUGACCAAGAACACCCCCAAACUCUCAACCUUUGUGCCUUACCAAGAGAGAGGGAGCCAGGAUAGGCUGACCAAUGGGAGCCCAAGGCUUGUGGAGGAACGCAAUGCCAAGCUUCGCUUCCUGCCUCCAUACAGUGCCUUCUCCAGUACUAGCCAUGAGCCCAGCAAGGACUCUACAAUGGAAGAAAUCCCCCUCACCCAGGCUUCAGAGUUCCAACCGGCAACUACUCCUUCUACCCAGAGUUCCAAAAGAGAGAUCUACCUGUGAGGAGAAUACUUCCUGUGCCUGUUUGCCACUGAAGAAAAGAAAAAAAAACACAAAAUGAUUUAAAGAAGGCUUUAGAAUCCAAAAGGGAGAACAAAUAAAAUUGAAAUGAAGAAUUUUUAAAAAUCCAGUAUAUUGAAGGAAUGUACACAAAACUAUCAUUCAGAUGUUUGUAUGAUUUAUGGGAAUACAGUUUACUGAUUAACUUUUUUUUCUUUUUUUAAAAAAGAUAAGAACACUGUCAAAUUUAAAAAUCGAAACAACAAGGAACAUAAAACAAAAAUACCGAUACUAUUUCUUUUUUUUUCUUUUUUAAAUGUCUGGCUGCUUGAUUUACCUGCUUGUGGAGCGUUUAUUUCUUUGAAUCUCUUGGUUCAAAGAAUUCCAAAGGUACAAUCAAUGCUGUAGUGCUAUCACCCAAGGUUUCAUCAUAAACAGAUUACAUUCACCUGGAAAGAAGUCUUCUACGCAGCAGGAAAUGGUAAAAAAGAAGAGAGGUCUCUAUUACUGUACAGUGCUGUAAAUACAUUUGGUUCGUGUGCAUAUGUCUGUCUGACUUCAGUAAUUUUUCUUCUGCUGUAAAGAGCUUUUGAAAUUCUAGCCUUUUUGUUGUUUUACAGUGAAAUGAAAAGAAGCUAUUAAAUCGCAUAGAAUUUUCACCUUUGUACAUAGAAAUGGUUUCCAAACAAAGCUGGAAGCAGAUGACAUAACUAGGGUGAAAAUAAUGUCAUUGCAGUGGAGAAACUGGUACUUUGUAACGCUACAUUCAAAGCCUGGGAGACAUCUGCCGUCUUUCUAUGAUCUUUGCCCUCUGCUCUCUGGAAGUUUGUAGGAGAGGAAAAGAUGAACUUUGAUUUGUCAGUGGUGUUAAAUAUCUGUAUUUUGAAGGGUCUGGUGCGUUACCGUGUCAGCACUGUAUUUUUUGCUUUCUCAUUAAUUGCAUACCUCUCCAUCUCCUUGUUGAUUAUGUAAUGUUUACCUAAAUAGCUUCUGGUCGUGGCCAAAUACAGCACACAGUGGUCUACAAAAAAGCAUUGUGUUUGAUCAUAGUUGUGGAAAUGUACACAAUGACUUGGUGCCAUUUAUCUAUUUAAACAUGUUCAUCGUUUUGGCUUGAUUUUGGCAAUACUGGUAUCUAUGUUCCAAUAUAAUUCAGCAGAAAGAAAUGAAGUUUGAAACAAACAGAAGCACCUGGUGUAUAUGACUAGGAUCAACAGUGUACCAGGGACAUUUUCAUUGCUCUUGUUAAAUAUUGUAAGUUACGUACUGCUGGAGCCUUUAGUCAUCUGAUUUGAAGUGCAGUUUUCAGCACUACAGUAUAAUCAAGACAAAUGUUAUUAAAUGGUAGAAAGCAUGGGCAUCCCACUAAUUGCCUUUGGUAACUGUCAUAAUUUCAUACACAGAGUAAACUGAGUUUCUUGUUUAAAGAUAGUUUUGAGGAAGAUAUUAUUAAUAGUUGGUGACUAGAAAAGAAGUUUAAACUCUGGCAAAAUAUGUCCAUGAUAAUGAGAUUAAUAACGGUGUACGCAGUAGCCUAUAUGACCAAAGUGCUGUUAAAAGUGACUGUAUACACAUCCAGAAUGAAAACAGUUUGCUUUUGAAGUAUAUAGGAUAAAGUAUAUAGUAUAUAUUAUAUAGGGAGUUGUUUUUUUCACAAGAGAUGUUGGCAUGUGAAAUGUGAAAGCAUACCAAGACUAUUCAGUCCUGGAUCUGGCAUGUUAGUAUGUCUGCAAGUCUCUGGGUCUUUUUAAAGAAGCACCACCCAAAGAGUUUGGAGAAGCUGUAAAACCAGUCCAGUGCAGCCAAUAAGUAGCUCAGGUGAGUUAGAAUGACUACUUGCAGAUACACUUCACUCCAGGACCACAAUUGUAAAGCCCCUUUUCUCAUUGUUCAUACAGUACUUAUCCAUUACAAAGUCUUGUAAUACGAAAAUGGCAUUUUUACUCUUGCUCGUCUUUUCUGUGUUGUAAUGAAUAUUUUACAUUCAGUUAAUAUUGACAUUUUAAAAUGUAUGUUUUGGGAAUCUUAGUUAUUUAUAGGUAGAAGACAAUGAGUGAAGUAAAGAUUCUUCAGGCAUUCAUUUGAUACUGUUGUGACCCUACGUUUACUUUUGAAACUAGAGUUUAGCAAAGUGCUUUUCAGUAAAAGAUUCCUAAUAUUGGAAAUUGGCAAUUCAAAAUGCUUCUUCAUAUUCUGUCAGAGCCAUUUAAUUGCAGUCGUUUUAAUUGUAUACAUGAUGCAUCUAUUUAAAUGACGUUGUCUUAUAUGAUGUUGAAAUACAGUACCUUUCCAGAUAGUCAACAUUUUUUGCAUGAAAAUAGAGAUUAAACAAGGUAGCAGCAACAAAUAAGUGUAUGACUUGCUUCACUAGGUUUUGGUACAGUAUCUUAAAUGUAAGCACACUGUGAAUCUCAGUGUUGCUUGUUUCCCUGCUCUUCUGUUCUUGAUUAUUAUGUAUAAACUGUUUGUAAAAACACAGAAGAAAUUUUGGUAGUCUAGUUAUCUCCUUUGUUUGUAUACCACAUUCAACUGGUCACCACCUGCACUGAUAAGUAAAUACCCGUAGUUUAACUUAUUUUAUAAAGACCUCAUAAAUCCCUCUGUUCAACUCAUUCCAUGGGAUAAUGCCAUCUAUAACUUCAAGCACAAAAAUACAAUAUUUUGGAAACUAAAAUGUUGGUAAGAAAUAUGUUUCAUAAGUUGUCUUCUUUUCUAAAAGUUGCAACUUUCCAAAGACACUUCUUGUUCUUAACCAAUUUAAAAACAUGUAAUUAAAAAAAAAUCAGAUGCAUUUCAAAAGCCUGGAAUUUGGUUUCACUUUCAAAUUAAAAAAAAAUCAUAAUUAUUAAGGUUGUCAUUGGCAUUAAUACAUUGUGAAAGAUAUGUGGGUAAAAUAAUUUGUUCAUAAUAAAUUAGUGUAAUUUUAAAUAGAUAUUCAAACUUUGUAGGAAAAAUAGGGAGUAGCAGAGUACUAUGCAUAAUGGAUAAUGGAAAAUCAUUGUUUUGUGUUUAAAGAUGGUCCUGGCUAUUAGUUUAAGUGAAGAAUUGCCUAUGUUCAUUAGAAAGACAAUCAAUUUGAAUAAGCCAAUUAAAUGUCCAGCCAUGAGCACAUACAAAGCACAUUCUUCAAUUAUUUUUAAGCUAUUUAAUGGCUAUGAUAAAAUACAGCAAAAACCAUAAUCCAUUGUAAUUGCAUUUAAGCUUAGUCCAUUUCUGUGCUCGAUUGCUUUUUCUUUGAAUUUCAUCUCUCAGAGGCUUUAUAACACUCAUGUUGCCCAUGUCAGUUUCAGGAGGUCUGCCAUAGAAAAGACAAACUUGCAGUCUAUGGUCUCCACUAAAAUACAUUUCUGAGUUCGAAAAUCAGGUUUUGAAUGUACACAGUUUGGUGCUGAAAUGUGAGUUGAACCCGGACCAUAGUUUAAAAAAGAUUUGCAGAAUGUCUUUGUCUGGUGCUUUUAAAAAAGGCAGCUCACUAUGUCAAACAAUCAUUUUAGUCAUUUACAAUCAGCUGAAGGCUGCUGUUUACCAAAACAAAACUCUGUCUCGGCCUUUAAAAUUGUUCGAAUUUAACAGUUAGCCUAACGCACAAGGAAAAUUGCAGUCAAGCAUGCUUAUACUUUCUGGACGUAUGCCAUCUUUAAACCAUGAAUUUAGUAAUUUUCUGUGCUCUUGACAUUUUAUUACUUUAAUUAAUUUUUAAUCAGUGCACUCACCCAAGUUCAAGUUUUGUGCUGCAUUAGCAUUAUUAACAUGUUUCUAUUCCCUGUUUGUUGGUAUACAAUUUAAUAUAGUUGUAUUAUUCUUGUAGUUUUGUAUUUUUUCAUUGUUACUGAACACUAAGAAAAUGUUCUUUUGUUAAGUUUAACUCUUCCAUUUCAUUUUAUGAUGUCAUCAUUAUGCUUUCAUUUUUCAGUGAGACAACAAACAUAGCCAAUGGGACAUUUUUUUAAAUUGACAGGGGUAUAGCUCCACAACUCCCCAACAGUACACCUCAACUCCCUGCCUUAGUUUAUUUGAACUACAGUGCUGGGAAAAUAGGCUUCAUGCUGUGUCUCUUAACUUGACAACACUGAUACCCAACCUGAGAACUCAAAGAAAGUGUUUAAAAUGACAUAUUGAGAAAAAACAAUAAAUGAAUCAGGAGCUCUGUUUGUCUCCCUUUUACCCUUUCCUUCUCUUCAUUGCAUACUCAGCUUGACCUAGAAGCUACAUUUGUAAUCUCUGUGCCUGAAAAUCUUGCCCUCAGAUUCCUGCUCAGCAAAUGACUCUGGAGCUUGAUGUUUCACCACUAAGUGCUUCAAUCUAAAACAUCAGGAAGACAGAAUUCCAGAUAAUUGCAAGUUGCAGACUGAAAUAAAUCAAUGAUGAGUAAAAGAGUUAUGAAACGCUCUUCCCCCCAUAGUCUGUAAUUCAGACGUGAUGCAAGCAGGAUUUUUUUUACUAGGAUAGUUGAUUUUAUAUGUCUUAUUGCAAUAUUCCUAGGCUCCGCCAAAUGCUCUUAUCUGCUUUUUAUUGUAGGACAAUAUAUAUAUAUACAUAUUUGAAACUGAGGGGAGCAGUUAGCUUGUCACUGUACUUCAUAUCAAUAGUAUAGCUUCUUGAUAAUAUUACUCAUUCAGAAAAAGCUAUUGGAAUAUAUUAUAUACGCUCAUUAAGCUGACAUCUUUACUGUGAAAGUAGCUUUCACAUUUCAGGAGAGAUUUUGGAACCUUUUCCAUGGAUGUGACCAUUUGUAAAGCAUGCUUAUUUGCAUUAUCACUGGGCCUUGACAGUUUAAUACAUUAGGUGUUUUUUUGUAAAAUAAAUUGCAAAUCUUGGGGAUAGGAAUACAUAGAAAAAUUAUAUUGAAAUAUAUUUUUGCUUAUUAACCUUCAUGUUGAAGGCAGAAAACAUGUAUAUUGCUUCAUUUUUCUGGUAACUUUGUGUGGUAACUUAGAGUUUAAAUGAGCCAUUAGAUACAGCUGAUGUACUUUCAGGUCAGUUUUGUAGGUACUGUGGAUUGAUGGAAAAGAAACAGAAUAACUUUAUAAAGGAAGAACUGAGGUCAUUUUUGUUUAGAGUUCCAUUUCUUGUACAAGAGGAUAUUUUGUCCAUUUCACAUUAAAAGUAUCAUUGUGCUUUUGUCUCUUUCAACUGUCAAAAAAGCAAUGCCGAGUUCAACUCAUACAUGAUCCUUCAUUUACGUCUUAUUGCAAUGUGUCAACAUUAUUAUUUUUCAAAUAAUUUAGGGAAAAAAUAAAAUUUUGACCUCAUGAAUAAGGUUCUGCAUUCGUAUUAAUGUUUUAGAAACAUUUAACUGUUCAGUGAUUAGGUUGUACUGAAUAGUUAAAUAAUGAUGGACAAUUAUGGUUUAAGACACGGGCUCAGUGGGGAAACUUGUGUUUUGUCUACUAAUUAAAACAAAGAUGUACAGUAUAAAGGCAUUUGCUCAUUCUAUUUUUUUCCAGUACAGUGAUUGUUGUAAAUAAAUACAAAACAACUGUCCAAAACAAAGAUGAAUGCUUUCCUUGAGGAAUUAUAAACCCAAAUUACUUGGCAGAUUCGUUAGUUCCUUCUGUUGAUGUGUACGCAGUUCACAAGUAUGCCUAAGGUUCAUCUGCAGGGUUUGACAGUGUGCAGAGACAUGAUUUCCCUGUUUUGGCCUCCAUAAGGUUUCAGAACAGUUCGCACAGGGAAACAAAGGGUGAUGGUGGAGUGUAUGAAACACACUACCUAACCCCCAAAACUGCCAGAUGUGUUCUUUUUGUUCAUUCUUCUCAGUCUUCUGUCCACAAGUAUAUAGUAGGAUGCAUUUUAUCACACGCAUCCAGAUGACUAAAAAGUCCUGGUACAGCAUGAAUAAAAGCCAGUUUUAUAAAUAUAUACAUUUUUAGUUGUUAUUGUUGGUUUCUUAAUAGUCAAAAACAACAUUGUUAUAUACAUAUAAAUGUGAAUUGUCAUUGCUAUUUUUUACAAGAGAUCUUGGAUCUGGAUUUGUAAAUGACGUAAAUGUACAUGCAAGCCAGUCUUUUUUUUUUCCUUUUGCCAUGGUUUGUGGAGCACAAUUAGGAAAAGCGGAGAAAAUGAGCACAUUGCAGAUUCUUUCCCUCAUUGAUUCUAAUUAAUAAGUUUGCAUGAUUCCAGGCGUUCUCAUUAUUCAUGCAUGUUGAAUAUCUGUGAAUGCACAUGUUAUGAUGCACUCUUUUUUUCCUGCUGGCCUUUUAAAAGUUUGUUCUUCGCAACUUCAAUCCCAAAGAAAACUGGAAAAAUCCCUGAGCUUGCAAAAUCCCUCUCCUACAAAAUAGCCCAGUGGUUCCGGAUGGUAAAAAGCUUUAAUUUUAGCUUAGUAGUAUGUUCCAGCUUUAACAUGAACAUACUACUUCAUGUUAGUCAGAAAACGUGGUAAGAGGAAAGGAAAGUAACUGCCUUUUGUUACAUGUCCAAAUCAAAAGGAGUGGUUGCACACUCUUGUUCUUCAGAUAGGACAUAUCCAGACAUGGUUAGUAGUCUAGUCUGCUACCCAUUGCAGAUUUGUGUUGGGUCUAUGGCAAGAUGUUCGUAACUGUUGACACCAUUGUUCAAGGGUGAAAUGUUGCAUUCUUUCCAAAAAUAGAAACAUGAUUAAAUUCCAUGCAUUCCACUCCAUGUUUAGUACAUAACACCACAUUGAAUAUUUUUCUCCACAAUCCAUUGAAAGCUG